ACACACCGGUGGGGGGGGCGGGGUUGCUUUCCGCCGGGGCUCCGGCUCCUUCAGUUUGUCCGCGUCCGCCCACCAAAGGCCGGAGAGGAGGCCGCCAGCGGUGUUAGCGAGGCUCGGGCUUCUCUCUCUCUCUCUCAGUCAGACACACUCACCUCCCAUCCUCGCUAUGAUUCGCCUCCUGCUCCUCGCGUGCGCCGUCGGCGCGGGCCUGGCCAGCGACGUCCUCGAGCUGACCGACGACGAUUUCGAGGAUCGGAUCGGGGACCACGAGCUGAUCCUGGUGGAGUUCUUCGCCCCCUGGUGUGGCCACUGCAAAAGGCUGGCCCCAGAAUAUGAAGCUGCUGCUACUAGGUUAAAAGGAAAAGUUCCUCUAGCGAAGGUUGACUGCACUGCAAACACAAAUACAUGCACCAAGUAUGGAGUCAGUGGUUACCCAACUUUGAAGAUAUUCCGUGAUGGUGAAGAGUCUGGUUCUUAUGAUGGUCCUAGAACAGCAGAUGGGAUUGUCAGCCAAUUGAAGAAACAGGCAGGACCAAGCUCCAUAGAAAUUAAAACUGCUGAAGAUUUGGAGAGCUUCAUUAAUGACGCUGAUGCUUCUGUUAUUGGUUUUUUUGAAGACUCUGCUAGCUCAGCCCAGACAGAUUUCCUCAAGGCAGCGAGCGCAAUGAGGGAGAACUACCGUUUUGCACACACUAAUACAGAGGAAUUACUUGAGAAAUACGACAUCAAGACCAAGGGAGUUAUUCUGUUCCGACCUCCACGACUGGCAAACAAGUUUGAAAGUAGCAGUGUGCAGUACACAGAAGACAAAUUCACAAAUGCAAAAAUCAAAAAAUUUGUCCUUGACAACAUCUUUGGCAUCUGUCCCCAUAUGACUGAAGAUAAUAAAGAUCAGUUAAAAGGGAAGGAUCUGCUGGUGGCUUACUAUGAUGUGGAUUAUGAAAAAAACCCAAAAGGUUCUAACUAUUGGAGAAAUAGAGUGAUGAAAGUUGCUCAGAAAUUUCUGGAUGAUGGUAAGAAGUUGACUUUUGCUGUGGCCAACUAUAAAACCUUCGGCCACGAACUUUCAGAAUUUGGCUUAGACGCUGCCACUGGUGAUGUUCCUGUGGUUGCUAUCAAAACUGCUAAGGAUGUAAAAUACGUGAUGCAAGAAGAAUUCUCGCGAGAUGGUAAAGCACUGGAGCGUUUUCUAGAGGACUACUUUGAUGGUAAACUGAAACGUUAUCUUAAAUCUGAGCCAAUUCCAGAGAGCAAUGAUGGUCCUGUGAAGGUUGUAGUCGCUGAGAAUUUUGAUGACAUUGUAAAUGAUGAAACGAAGGAUGUCUUGAUUGAAUUUUAUGCUCCGUGGUGUGGCCACUGCAAGAGUCUGGAGCCAAAGUAUAAGGAGCUUGGAGAAAAGUUAAGUGGUGAUUCUAACAUUGUCCUUGCCAAGAUGGAUGCUACAGCCAAUGAUGUGCCUUCACCUUAUGAAGUUCAAGGGUUCCCCACACUUUAUUUUGCCCCGAUGGGUAAGAAGCAGAGCCCAAAGAAAUAUGAGGGAGGUCGUGAAGUUAGUGACUUCAUGAAUUACUUGAAGAAGGAAUCUACACAUCCUCUGGAUGUAACAGUGGAAGAAAAGAAGUCAAAGAAGAAGAAGAGGGACAAGGAAGACCUGUAAAUUACUGGAAACACUUCCAAUGCUAACAUCUUGAUAUGCAAGGAUUAAUUGGAGCCAGGGUUGGGUUAGAGAUUUGGUGGUGGUAAUAGUCACUUUCUAAGAGGGUUCACAGUCUGCCAUACCGGUCCCAUUUCUGUAUCAAUUUUAAGAUGCACUAUCAAAGUUAUUGAAUCAAAAGGGGCAGAAAUUCAGGUUUUGUUUUGGUCUUAUUUUGUACUGGUGAAUGUUUUUGUACAUUUUGGAACAAUAAACCCCUUUAAACCAAA